CUGCUGAAGGAAUCAUUGACAUCAUUCCGUUCACACCAGCUGCCUCGUUGUUACCGCGCACCGCGCUGUCAUAUCGGCGAAAAUAAUCCUCCAAAGGUCACAUCCAUCUUGUUCUUUUGUAUGCUUCUGAAAGCUCUCUGUUCGAGUCGAGUUUCGUUGGCACAGGCCGUCCGUCGUUCAUUACCAACCAUGUCUGCAUACGCUGCAAUUGCUGCCUCUCAGCCGGCCGCACAACCAACUCCUAUUAGCACGAUACCUGGGCGUUCCGCAAUUCACACAGUCACUGGUCUGAAGCGCUGGAGUUGUGGAGAAAGAAACUUACCUCCUGUUUCCGAGAUAAAGGGUAUUCAUGUAUACGACUUCGAUAAUACGCUGUUUGCGAGUCCUCUCCCCAACAAAAGCCUCUGGAACGGUCCAACCUUCGGUACCCUUGCUUCCCCUGAUGUGUUCUUGAAUGGAGGAUGGUGGCACGAUUCGUCGAUUUUGGCAGCGACCGGAGAGGGUGCGGAUAAGGAGGAGCCUCGUGCAUGGAACGGUUGGUGGAAUGAGCAGAUUGUCUCACUCGUCGAGCUAUCGAUGCAGCAGAAGGAUGCGCUCACGGUGCUCCUCACCGGUCGAUCAGAAGGCGGCUUCUCUGAUCUUAUCAAGCGCAUUGUAAGGAGCAGGAACCUCGAGUUCGACAUGGUGUGUCUGAAGCCUGCGAUUGGACCGGCGAACCAGAAGUUCAGUUCAACUAUGGCUUUCAAACAGGAACUCCUAAAAGAGAUCGUGUAUACCUACACAGACGCGGAGGAGAUUCGCAUAUACGAGGACAGGGUGAAGCACACGAAAGGGUUCCGCGACUUCUUUUUCCAGUUCAAUAAGGAUCUGAUGUCAAACCUGCUCCCUACCUCGAGGAAACCACUAGUGGCAGAAGUCAUACAGGUUUCUGAAAAUGCCACGACGUUGGAGCCUGUCACCGAGCUUGCCGAAGUCCAAAAGAUGUGCAACGCACAUAACCUGAUUGUCAAGAGCGGCAAGGCUCCGCCGGGAACACGUCCACUUCAGAUCAAGAAGACGGUCUUCUAUACCGGAUAUAUGAUCCCAAGCAACAUGACUGACAAACUGACAUCUUUAGUGAAGCUUCCACCCGGUACGCCAGAUGGCGACAUUCGCUACCUCGCCAAUAGCAUUCUGAUCACCCCUAAACCAUGUCCUAAGAGCAUUCUUGAUAAAGUUGGGGGCAUUGGUGCUAAGGUGACGUGGAAAAUCACAGGCGUGUCCUGCUUUGAGAACAAGCUUUGGGCAGCCAGGGUAGAACCUGUACCAUCAACGACGAAAUACUAUUCCGAGAAUCCUAUCCCCACGAUAGUGCUAGCCAUUCGUAAGGGAGGCAGGCCCGCUGACGCUGUCCGCAUCAACAACUGGCAUCCAGUUUCAGAGGAUCAGGCCUACACAUUUGAGAGCACUGUCGGCGAGAAGGUGCUCUUGCGUGUAGAUACUGAGACCGCGAAUGAAAGCCAGUGGGAAAGCUACUUCCCCAAUAAGACCCACGGCAAACGAGGCCGCGAAGAGGACCAACAGGAACCCAACGGGAACUACUAUCAAGCUUUACAAAGUGUCCGCCGAGAGGAUGAUCGUCCGCCGCGGAAUGCACCAAACUCCUACCGUGGAGGUAAUAGGGACCGUGGCCGAGGUGGUCACCGAAAUACCUCGUAUGGUUCACGGGGUGGUAGAGGAGGUGGUCGUGGAGGUUCUUCGAAUCGAGGCCGAGGUCGCGGUGGUUCGCAGUACAAGAGCCUGGAUGAUGUGGGCGACAAAAACUACGGUCAACCGAAUUAUGAUGACCCGAAUGGAUUUUACUGAGCGUCGUUAGCUGGCAGCGUCUCUUCUUCUUUCGUGACAUCUUGUAUGCAUGAUAUUUCUCAGCAUGCUGUUGUCGAUCAUCUUUGGCCGCUUAGAGUUCACUCUUUAGGGCCGUUAUCCACAGGAGGGAGCGAAGUUCCGAAGCGCUUAUGCUUACGAUUACAUGCUCGGCGUCGCCGAUGUACAAAGACUUUCUGUUCUUUUCCUAAGUUAAAAACUGACGUAUGGAACAGACUCCAAACAGGUGUCGCUGAUACCUGUAGUACGGACACGAAUCUGGACGGGAUGUGUGUGUAUGUUGUUGAAUGGCGUUCUCGGCCAUGGGCUUGUCUGUCUACUUGAUACCCGGUCAUUUUCUAAGACUUGUUUAUUUCGUUAUGUCAAUCACGAUUCAGAAUCCGUAGAGUAUUCACUAUUAAUGAUAUUUUCGUUGGCC